AACUUGAAAUUUGUUCCUCUUCAGCAAUUUUAUCUUCUCGAUAUGGUGGAUCUUGGAACUGACUUUAAAUGUCUGUCGGAUUCAACGGACCUUGCGAAAGUUGUAACAAUUCAGAACAUGAUUCAUACCGGUGAUGCAGUUCCUGUAGUUCAAGGUUAUCUGUGGAUAAAAGAUCCCAGUCAACACUUGUGGAAAAAGUUCUUCUUCCAGGUUAAAGAAAAUGUCCUAAAUAUUUCUUUGUAUGCUGAGGAGAAGAUUCAUUGUGAAAAUUUCCAGGCGCCACAUCAGAUGCAUCCAUUCGUAGAUCUUCGGAGCUGUGAUAUCUACUUCCCUAUAGAAGGGAACUGCAUUGGAGCUCCAACUGAAUUUUGUUUCUCUAUAAAGCCAAAACGAAGUAUAGUAAAGACCACAAAUGACUUAAAAUGGUUUUGUUGUGAGAGUCGGAAGCAACAACACUGUUGGAUAGUGUCUCUACGGGUAGCAAAGUAUGGGAAGAAAUUGCGGGAAAACUAUGAAGAACUGAAGACAAGGUAUGGAACCACUUUUUUCUUUUCUUUUUUCCAGGACACUACGACAAUGAAAAAUAGGGUAGCAAUGGACUUCACUGGAAAGUCUGGCAGGGUGGUGGAAAAUCCUCGAGAAGCCAAAGCUAUAGCAGCAGCUGAAGGGCGAGACUGGAGGAGGAGACUACCUGUUUGUCGUGGUGUGCAGUCCAACUUUCAAGGCAGCUUCGAGUUCGGUAUCCACACCGUACAACCUUGGUUCUACAGGGGUAUGUCGAGAGAGGAUGCAUCUCAGCUUCUGACAAAGUACGGAACUGUGGAUGGGGUGUUCUUGGUACGAGAAAGCAGAAGGAAUCCUGGGACAUUCGUACUUUCAUACGUGUAUAACCAGAAAAUUUAUCACACUCAAAUUGUGCCUGUAGAAGAAAAGACACAAGUUUGUUUCUCUCUGGAUGGUGGGAGAACCAAGUUCUAUGACUUGCUUCAGUUAAUUGAGUUUUAUCAAUUGAAUUUGGGUUGUUUACCGACCAAACUAACUCAUUUCUUGGUACAUCAGCCUAAACUAAGAGACACUCCACAAUGACCACUUACUUGUUCAGAAUAGUUCAUUAGUUUGUGUUUGUACAGUUCAGAUUAUUUCAGAUCUCAUUUCUUUGUAUUGUGCUCAUUUUAAAGCAUACCUUGAUGAGUUGGAUACUACAUUACUUCUGGACAGUAUGAUGGAGUUAAUGUUCAACGUAUAUCUAAAUGAAUUUUGUGAGAUUUUUGGCUUAUGAACAGCUGGGAAAAAGACAGUCAAUUUCAGUAUUGGCUGCAGUUCUAGUUGUGUGACCAGUUAUAAUAUUCACACAAAGAAAUGUCCCGAUUUGAACUGAAACGUCUUAAAGUUAGCACAUUUCUUUAUUAGAGUUUUGUUCUUUAUGGUUAGUUCAUUAGAUGUAAGAAAAGUCCUUCCAUAGUUGAACUUGCCUCAUUAAUGUAACUUGAAAGACAGACAUUUUUAAAAUUCUUACUUCCUGAUUUUAUUAACACUGACUUAAUAUAAAUAUUUUUUAGGGAUUAUCCCCCACCCCCCAAUUAAUACUUUUUACAAUAUAUUUUGAAAUAGUGUUAUAAAUAUGUUUAGCAAAUAAAGCUAGAAUUAUUGAUGGAAGUUGUUGGUUUUUGAUUUGCCAGAGUUCCAUUUGAUAUUUCCAUUCCACAGUGAGAUAAUCGUUACUAUCAACCACACUGUGAACAGUAUUUUAUAGAAUAACAGUAUCCCUCCUUCGUUAUCAGCAAAACAAGCUUACUCUUUCAGUCACUGCUAAUAAACAUACCAGCUUUGUUCAUAGUGGUCAUGGUUACUAUCAACCACACUGUGGACAGUAUUUU